AUGACUGUCGUUGUGGCGAAUCCUCAAUUCCCAAUAUAUCCAAUGUUCGGACAACCACCGAUGAUGUCAAUGAUGCCAGCACGGCCUCCUAUGAUGCCAAUGAUGCCAGGACCACCUCCCAUGAUGCCAGGACCAUCUCCGUUGAUGCCAGCCCAGCCGUCGAUAGAUUCAAUAUUACCUCCAUCGCCACCGUUGAACUUGCAGAUGCAAAUAGGUUUUGCGAUAGUAUCAGAUGAUGACGCAACGUCAACAACGACUGAGGUGGCAACAACGACAGAUAAAUCCAAGAAUGAUGAAAUUGCAAUUGCUCUUCCUAUGCCAAUGCCUUUCCCCAUGCCGAUGCCUGCACCAUCGCCUGUAUUGUUCGCUGUUCCGGGUAUGAUGUCUUCAGUUUGCCAGAAGAACAGAAAACACCCUAACUGUCCACCAUGCCCACCGUGCUCUUGCUCUCCAUGUACACCAUCAUUUUUUUCCUAUUGUUCGUCAUGCCACCAGAAAUGUAGAUGUAGAAACCCUAAAGAUGUACCUCUUGUUCCCCCACCAAGGGCACCAUUCCCUCUUCCAGGUCCAGCUUUCCCCAUGCCCUACCCAGGACACUUCCCUAACUCGCCAUUUAUUCCUUAUCCACCAUUUAUUGGACGUCCUAAGAGGCCUAAAAAGGAAAAGUCAAGGGAAGAAGACAGUGAAUGCGAUAGCAGUGAGGACUAUUGGAAGAAAAAGAAGAAGAAAAAGUUGAAUAGGAAACACAAUUACAGCAAAUACAGAAGAAGUAAUAGACGCUUAGAUCUUGACCGCAGUGAUAAUUUGAUUGCUGAGCCAGUUCUCAAUUUUAUGUCUUCUGAUGGAAGAGUUAAACUAGAAAGACGAUUAAGUAAAAGCGAUGUUUCCUUGCUAAUGGGUGAUGACUCUUUGCAGAAUUUUCAAAUAACAACUGUCGAGCCGAUCAAAAGAGUCAUAACAUACCCAUAUAUAAGUAAGGGCAAGAAGAAAAUUAUGUUUAGGCCUCCAGCUGACAUGAUGAUUGGAAAUCUUUCGGUAUCUUUUAAUACAAAAUAG